AUGACAACAGAUUCAUGGAAAUUAGAUGUAAUAGUAUUGGGAGGAGGAUUAGGUGGAUUAUCAUCAGCUUUAGCCAUGAGAAGAGCUGGACAUAAAGUAAGAAUUUAUGAACGUUACGAUUUCAAUGGAGAAGUUGGAGCAUCUUUGAGUUGUGCUUCAAAUGGAGGAUACUGGCUCAAUGAAUGGGGGGUGGACCCUUAUAAAGCUAAACCAGUCAUUUUGAAGAAUUUAAUCAGAAGGGACUGGAAAACGGGAAAAGUCAACGGAAUUUACCCAUUAGGUGAUUAUAAAGAGAAAUUUGGAUUCCCUUAUUUUAACUUCCAUAGGAUCGAUAUCCAUAGACUUUUGAAAGAAUAUUGUACAGGAGAAGGAGAAGGAAAACCAUGUGAAUUGUUCUUGAACCAUAAAGCAAUAAAAGUUGACUACGAAUCUGGUUAUGUUGAAUUUGAAAAUAGUGUCAAGACCACUGCCGAUUUGAUUAUUGCUGCUGAUGGUAUUAGAACCUUAACUAAACCACAAAUAGGUAUUGAGCCAAAGUUUAGAAAUAGUGACUCAUCUUGUAUCAGAAUUUUAUUCGAUACCAAGAAGGUUAGAGAAUUAGGAUUGAAAGAUUUUUCCAACAAUGAAGCUAUUGAAUAUUGGGGAGGUGAAACCAAAUAUAAGAUUGUGUUAUCACCAUGCGCAAACAAUGAAGUGAUUUCCUGCUACUGUUUCUAUAAGGCCCAUGAAACAGAUGUGAAGAAUGAUUGGAACAAUGAUGCUUCUGUUGAACAAUUGAUAGAAAAUUGUCCAGAUUUAGAUCCAGAAUUGGUUGAAUUAUUCUCUAAAUGUGGUUAUGAUAUCAAACAAUGGAGAUUAUAUGUUCACGAACCAUUACCUUACUUUGUAAAGGCUAAUGAAAAUGGAACUAAAGGGGUGGCCUUAUUGGGAGAUGCGGCUCAUGCAAUGAUGCCAGAUCAAUCUCAAGGAGCUGUAGCAGCAUUUGAAGAUGCUGGAGCUUUAGGUUACAUAUUUUCAUCCAAAUUUGAUUUGACCGUUGAACAGAAAUUGAAACUCUAUGAAUUAGAAAGAAAACCAAGGGUCACCAAAAUACAGGCUGCUUCUUUAAGAGCCAGAGAGAAUUUGAACGAGAGAAUAGGAUGGAGUUCUAGUGCUUCUGACAUUAAACCUGAAGAUAAGUUAACUAUUGAUGAAGUGUGUGGAUAUGAUAUGAAAAGUCAUAUUGACGAGUUAGCCAAAGGGUUGUGA